CCCCAUCUAAUUACCAACCAACUCCAACUCCGAUAUUGAAUAACGAUAACGACAGCAGCGAAUAUAGCUAAACCCACUACUAGUCUACUUUUAGCACACAGAAGAGAAUUCAGUUAUCCACUCCACUCUCUUUCCACUUUCACCUUUCUACACGCAGAACGUCCCUCCCCUCCAUUAUUCUGCUAUAUGAGCUUCUAUAUUCCAACUCUAUCUAUUACCAUUGCAUUAUUACUAAGGAUUUGAGAUGAUGAUCAGAGAUAAGAUUUUCAAAUUGCACCGCCACAGGUCGUCUUCUUCGUUUUCUGAGAGAUCAGGCCAACGACUUGAUUUCUCCUUCUCCAACCUUCACGCUCGUCAGGUACCUAAAGGAUGGGACAAACUUUCCAUCUCUCUUGUCUCCAUGGAAACAGGGAAAACAGUCAGCAAAUCAGGGAAAGCCUCGGUACGAAAUGGCAAUUGUCAAUGGACAGAGACAUGGUCGCAGUCUAUAUGGAUUACCCCAGAUGAUAUCUCAAACCAACAAGAGCAAUUCCCUUUUAAGUUUAUUGUAACAAUGGGAUCUGCGAGAUCUAGCAUCCUCGGUGAGGCUGCUGUAAAUCCUGCCCUCUACAGGGAUGCAAAAGCUUAUACUCCAGUUUCCUUACCUUUGAAAAAAUGUAAUUAUACCACAAUUCUACAGCUGGAGAUCCAGUGUCUGACAGCAAUCAGGGAUAAUGAAUUUAAAGACAUGUCCAUCCACACAGAAGAAGAGAAUGUGGAAUACAAUAACAUGGAAAUCAAAACAGAGGAAACUGGUUUCCGAGCUCUGAGUUCAUCUCAUAGCUUUGGCUCUACUGAGGAUUCAUUGGGCAGAGAAAGUUUUUCCUCCCUAAGUGACUCAAACAGGCCUGUUAAUCACAUAAUUGGCAGACAAGAAUCAAUUGAUUCCAGGAGUAGUGCAUCCUGCAGUUCUUACUCUUUUUGUGAAUCGCCCAAAUCGUACAACUCUCCCUAUAAUUUAAUGAAUUCGGGAUCAGGAAAGAAUGCUCAAAAUCAAAAAGAUGAUUACAAACAGUUAUCACAUGAUAACACUGCAUCAGUGCAACUUGCUGCUUCCUCUAGAAACUCCUUACAAGCCAAGGAUAUUACCAGUAAAGAACUAAUUGCAGAGGCCAUGGUGUGGGAACAAAAUGCUCAAAGCUUAAAGAUCGACUUGGAAAUGUCAAGGAAGGAGUUUUUUGACCAGACACAGCAGAUAGAAAACCUUAAGAUGGAGCAUUGUUCACUGGGCGCCGAACGUGAUGGAUUGAUGCAAGAAAUCAAAGACCUGGAGGCCCUUUUACAAGAAUCUAUGGAAAAGGAAAAAGCAACUGAUAGAUUGAUGCUCCAACUCAGAGAUAUGGACAGUGUCCAAAAGAUUUUAAAAGAGGAGCUAAGGAUUCAGAAAGAAUCAAAUGACAGUAUGUCUUUACAGCUAAAUAAAACUCAAGAAUCAAAUAUUCAACUGGUCUCCAUUCUGCAGGAGAUGGAAGAAACUGUUGAAAACCAGAAACUGGAGAUUGAGAACCUCCAUAUAGUGAACCAACAGAACCUAGAGGACAAGCUUCAACAGUUGCAGGAAUCACAGAUAAAUCUGGAAACCACCACUCUCCACCUGGAAAAAAUCAUCAGGGAGAAAACUCAUGAGAUUGAACUUGAGCAAGGUCACAGAACUCAGGCUCUUUUAGAUUGUGAAGAAAAAUGGAAAAUUAAGUCGAGUGAACAAGAAGAGGAAAUUGCUUAUCUGAAGGCAGAGUUAUCCAGAAUUUUAAGUGCAGAGGGCUCCGAGACGAAUAAGGCCAAACCUGCAGCUGACUGUGAUCUGAUCAGGGAAAAUGAGACUCUCAAAGAAAAGCUUCAGGAACUUGAGAGAGAUUGCAAGGAGCUGACAGAAGAAAAUCUGGAACUUCUGUACGAACUGAAAUCAAAGGGAACUUCCUCUAUCAGCGGUCCCCUUUUAAGUUCAUCGUCCGUCGAGGGUCAGCUAAGUGAACAAUCACCUGCUGGUUCCGAAUUUGAAGUAAGUAACGGUGAGCUCCUUUCUUCACCAUUUCAAGAUGAUAAGGGGAAGAAGAAAAUAAUUGCAGAGACGGCUGCCUCUGAAAGUAAGCAGAAAACCUGUGAUCAGGAAGAGAACUUAGCUCAAAUGGAGUUUCACUCACGAGUUAAGGACAAUGCUUCGAGGCUUAAUGCUGAAAUCAUCUCACGUUGCUUUGAAGUACAAGAACGAGAUCAGAGAACUGAAGUUGCUGCAAUCCCAUUAGAAUGUCAUCCAGAAGAAAGUUGUCAUGGUGGUUUGACUCAUGAAAAUGUAUCUGCAAUGUUCCAGAGUUCUGAGUCAGAACGUAUUGAAGAUGUCUAUGCCUUGCUCAACACAUUAUGUCAUACCACUAAGGACGAGCAAACUGAUGCGGUGUUGAAAAAAUUGCUCCAGUUAUUGGGGUACAGAUCGGCUGUAUGUCUUGAUGGUAGUAAACAUAUAGAGGAGGAACCCAAAAUAACAGUAAAGGAUGCAUCUGAAGUCCAAGAUGGAGAAAAGGAUGACCUUCCAGAGGAAAAAAUUCCUUGUUCUUGCUGUCAAAGGCUUGAGGAUUCAAAUAAGGUGCUAGACAUCAAGGGUCAAAAUUUAAGCAGUGAUAAUUUAGCAAAGAACUCGGAGAUACUGGAACUGAAAACAGACUGUUUGAAAAAGGAUGCAGAGAUCGAAGCUCUAAGGCACCAGCAGACUGAUUUGAGAACUCAAAUCUCUGAUCUCCAAAUGAGUAAAUGUCAGAUGGAGGAGAGAAUGGAAAACAUGCAACAAGAACUUAGUGCCACCUCUAAAUCUUUAGACACUUCCACAAAUGGUUUGAUGUUUCUUGAUAAAUGUAUUUGUGGAGAUGCCUCUAAGGUGACGCUCAAAAUGAAAUCAUUAGAGCUAGAGAGUGACAAAUAUGAGUUAGAACUUAAUUUGUAUGAAGUAGAAAAAGAAAAUGUCGAUCUGUCAGAACGAGUAUCAGGGUUGGAAGCUCAACUAAGGCAUUUGACUGAUGCAAUGGAAUUCAAUCGCUUGGAACUGCAGCAUUCAGGUAAUCGUGUUGUGAACCUUCAGGAAAAGGUCAGAGAAUUAGAACACGAAAAGGAGUCGCAAAAGCUCGAUAUGAAAGAAAAGUUGCUGGAGAUGCAAAACCGAUGGUUAGAUGCUCAAGAAGAGUGCAAGUAUCUAAAGAAAGUAAAUCCAAAACUCCAAUCGACAACAGAAAGCCUUAUGGAAGAGUGUCGUUUGCUUCAAAACUUGAAUGCAGAACUAAGGCAACAAAAGUUAAAAUUGCAUACGAGCCAUAAUGUUUUGGAAGCAGAACUGAGGAAAUCUCAGUAUUCUUUCUCCACCUGUUUGAAAAGGAUAGAGUCUUUAGAAGCUAACUUUUCUUCAGUGCUGGAAGAAAUUGAAUCAAAAGAGAAGAUCCUUAAGUUCAAACUUGAUGAUCUCCACCUACAGACUAUAGAGCAUAGAGAGAAACUUCUUGUAGAAGAGUGCACACUGCAUGAAAUAUCUCUGGAGAAUACCGUCGAAGUUGAAAAGUUGCAACAACAGGUACAGUCCCUCAUGGUGCAGAUGUCAAAUCUUAUGAGUGAUCUUGGUACUUCCAAAGCCAAGGAGGGAACUUUGGCAGCUAACUGUGAGAAGCUACUGAGGACAAUGGAACAUCUUGCGUCCAAUGAAGCAAAGCUUAAAUGCACCAUUAAUGAGCUUGAGUCAAAACUACUGUCUUCUGAAUGUCAAAUGCUGCAAAUGACUGAAGAGAAUUCCAUUCUAAAGAUGCGACUGCAAACGUUACCAUUACUUCAGGAGGAAGUAUUGGAUCUUAAAGGAGCACUUUCUAGGAUGAAGUUUGAAAGCGAGAGAUUACAAGUUACACUGCAGUUGAAAUAUGAAGAUUGUGAAGAGUUGAAGGCAGAGAAGGCGUCAUUACUUCAGGAGAUCUCUUGCAUGCACAAGGCAGUGGCUGAAGCGGAAGAAUGCAAAUACAAGAAAAUUUCACUAGAGGAGAAAGUUCUGAGGUUAGAAGGAGACUUAACUGCAAAAGAAGUAAUGUGUGCCAAGGUUUCCGAGCUGAAAAAUGAGGUUUGCCAGCUUAGAAGAGUAAAUAGCCAGUUUCUGCGGAAAAUAAAAUCCCUUCAAUUCGAGAAAGAGGGCUGCUUGAAGCAAGUUGAAUCAGUCGAGGAAGAAUUGAAGAGAAAGCGAUUAGACAACCAAAGAGAGGAGAAUGUUCAGAAGAUUCAAGGCAACUCUCGACAAGAUGGGAACAAAGAAAGCAACUACAACAGAGAUCUUCAAGAGACAGUCGCCAAAAGUGUAUCAGCUAUCCAAUUUCCGGGGGAUACAGUAGUUCAGACUUUAGAGAGCAAUCGUAUACGUGAAUCCCAUCUAAUUAGUUUGUCAUCCAAAGGAAGAGACAAGAAUCUGCAAAAAAUAUCUCAGCUUGAAGCUGAGCUGCAAGAAAUUCGUGAUCGAUACCUGCACAUGAGCCUAAAAUAUGCAGAAGUGGAAGAUCAACGCGAGCAACUCGUGAUGACUUUGAAAUCCAUACAUGAUCAGAAGACAGGCAGAGGAUCUUACCUUUCCUCUUUCUGGUCAGCUGAUGCUGAUAUAUGACUCUUUUCUCCAGUACGUUAUGUUCAUACACAGCUGAUUCAAUCAAGAAUGGUAGAAAUUAGUUGUCGCCAAAGUACUGGGGUUCAUUUUCAUUGAACGGACCCCGAGUAUACCAUAAUUUAAAAAACGUGAUAAUCACCAAAAGAUCAGCAGUUGUAUAGGUAGUUUAUGAUCUCUUUGGUGAAGGAGUCAGAGUGUCUUGUAGCAGAGUACCAAAAAUUUCAUUUCUGUUAUUUGUACAUGAUCAGUCUAGGUAAUUAUUCGGAUGCAUUCUGCAAAUUAGGCAAAAGGCAGUGCGAUUCAUGCUUUACUUUGGACAUUGUUCAAGUCCAUUUAUGAUCCUAUUCCAAGAGUAAGUACUUGAGUAGAUAUUUUUUUUCUUA